AUUCUCUUUUCACCUAAUGUUUGUAUUUAAAUCUGAAGCCCAACAACACUUGAACGUAGACUUAAUAACUCUUGACAUAUCUAAAUGUUUAGCUUCCUAUCAGGUUCACUGUGAAAACUAAAAAAUAAGUUUCUAUCUUAUUUAACUCUUAAAAACAUUGUAAGGUCAUGUGAAGUCAGAUGUUUUGAAUGGGGUUCAUUUGGAAAUAUGACAUAAUUGUAUUAAAUAUUGCAGAAAUAUUGGCAUAUUUCUAAAUCUGAGGGCUGGAUUGCUGGAUGUAGUGUAGUUUUGUUUGACAAAUGACAAAACUAUGGUUUUUAUUGUAACUGCAAGCAAACAUGCAAAUCUCUUUUGAUGGUUUUCAUGUUUUUCCAAUUAACAAUGAAGCUUGAAGGUCUGCUGGUGGCUUGAAAUCUCCAUGAAACCUCCAAAUCAUCUAACAGGAUGGUUUCUAAUCAAAUCUAAAUUAAGCGUGUCAAGCUGUCAGACAAUCAGUGACUCUGUAUUUGUCUCCGGGCAGCAUGUGGACCCUGAAGUGGGAUUAACAGCUCAGGAACAAGUUCUCCUGCUGUACGACAUCAAACUUCAGUGCCUUCAGAACAUCUCCGAACACAAUCCUGCCGAUGAGGUCUGUUCUCCAGGAUGGGACGGAUUGGUUUGCUGGCCUCGAGGUUCCCCAGGAACAGUCACCAAAGUGUCAUGUCCCAGCUAUGUGUACGACUUCAACCACAACGGAUUUGUAUACCGUCAGUGCGACUUGAAUGGGUCGUGGGUAUCGGUGGAGAACAGAACUUGGGUCAAUUACUCAGACUGUCUGCGCUUCUUGGCUCCAGGCAUUGAAAAAGGCAAAAGGGACUUUUUUGAGCGGCUGCACAUCAUGUACACAGUUGGCUAUGCUGUGUCCUUCAGCUCGCUGCUGGUCGCCAUUUUCAUCAUUGGAUACUUUCGGCGUCUCCACUGCACCAGAAACUACAUCCACAUGCACCUCUUUGUGUCUUUCAUGCUGCGUGCGGUCAGCAUCUUCGUCAAAGAUAGAGUAGUGUACGCUAAUGGUGUGCUACAGGAGUAUGACACCAUGCUAAUGGACAACAUCAGCACCGUCUCCAUUUCCCCUCUGGACAAGACUCAGUAUGUUGGGUGCAAGAUCACAGUCCUAUUCUUCAUUUAUUUCCUGGCAACUAACUACUACUGGAUCCUAGUGGAGGGCCUGUACCUUCACAGUCUCAUUUUCAUGGCGUUCUUCUCCGACUCCAAAUAUCUUUGGGGUUUCACCCUCAUAGGAUGGGGUGUUCCCGCUCUCUUUGUAUCAACCUGGGCUGUCGUCAGGGCAACGCUGAUGGAUGUAAGGUGUUGGGAGUUGAGCGCUGGCAAUAUUAAAUGGAUUUACCAAGUUCCGAUACUGACAGCAAUUGGGCUGAAUUUUAUUCUGUUCGUAAAUAUCGUUCGAGUUCUGGCCACGAAGAUCCGAGAAACAAACGCGGGGCGCUACGACACGCGUAAACAGUACAGGAAGUUGGCUAAGUCCACGUUGGUUCUGGUUCUGGUUUUUGGUGUCCACUACAUCGUGUUUGUGGGAAUGCCGCACACGUUCACAGGUGUCGGCUGGGAGCUACGCAUGUACUGUGAACUCUUCUUCAACUCAUUCCAGGGAUUUUUUGUGUCCAUUAUCUACUGCUUCUGCAAUGGAGAGGUCCAGACAGAAAUCCGGAAGACCUGGCUCCGCUGGACACUUGCAUUUGACUGGAAAGGUCCCGUCGUUUUGGCCAACUACCGCUAUGGGACGGUCCUGAACAGCAGCGGCACCAACGUCCAGUCCCAGCUGACCUCGGUGACCCGCAGUUCCACCCUCCUCACCAGCAGGGUGUACCGCUGCGCCGCUCGGCCCAGCAUCGGCUCGCUCGCUCACAGCUCGCAAAUACACACCGCCCUGCCUGGUUAAGUCUUCAGCAACUCGGACCUCGAGAGCCUGCCGCCUUCCAUUCCAGAAGAAAUCGAAGAGGAGGCCAAACACAUCGAUGACAUCACGCUCAAAGCCGUUAACCACAUCACCAUACGACAGGAAGCCCUCAGCAUCUGUUUCGAAGAGAGCGGACAAAGCUCAUCCCACACGGAUUCUGAUGAUGUCAGAUGUCAUCCUGAUGAUGUCACCACUUCCGAAAUCUCCAAGUGCACUGAUAAAAUAUCGCUGAAGGAUUCUUCAUCGGUGAGGUACAACAGUUUGGAUCAAGAGGACGAGGAAGUACUUUAAAAUGCAGACUUUAUUUAACGCAAAUUGCCAUUUGCAACCCGUUUUACUUCUGUAAUGCAAUGUAUUUACAGUUGAAACAGGAUGUUCGAUUUUAUUCUUUGGGAAUUGAUUGGAAUGUAAAAAUUUGGAGUUAUAUACCAGAAUGGAGCUAAAAUUGCUAAAAUAGUGCCUAUAUAGCUGUUUGUUAGCAUUAUCAAAUAAUGCUAUGUAAUAAAGUGAAAACGGCAUAAAAAGAAAUUCACCUUGAAAGAAGAGUAAGUUUUAAUCAAAGAAUAAAUAACAUUUUUCUUUGUAAUGACAUGCACUGAUUCACAAUAAGACCGAAAGCAUGUCUUAAAGGAAUAUUUUACCCAAAAAUGAAAAUUUGCUGCAAGUUUACUCACCAUUCAGCCCAUUCAAGAUGUAGAUGAGUUUGCUUCUUCAUCAGAUUUGGAGAAAUUUAGCAUUGCAUCACUUGCCCACCAAAGGAUCCUCUGCAGUGAAUGGGUGCCGUCAGAAUUAGAGUCCAAACAGCUGAU